UAUAGCCUACACAUAAUUCAUUCAAGUGAAGUCUCGCGGUGUUUAGACUCCUUUCAGACAUCUUGCAUUUUUCAGUCUGAAAGAACGAAUUUAUUAAAUACCGUUGGCUUCAUCGGGCCAAGCGAACCCAAAAUAACAGGGCCGUUAUUGUCGAUAUUCGUGGGUUAUUUGUAUUUCGACCUAAUGCAUGUUAGGCUAUAGGUGGCUGAACCGAGAGCUCGUGUCCCAAACUCCUGAGUGGAUUGUCUCUCCCCGGGCUCUCGAGCCGUAUCGUGCGUCAUUUUCAUAGCUGCAUUUUGUUUUUUCAUCGAGGCAACAUGGCAACUCCCGCCGCGGUCAAUCCAUCGGGUAAGUCGCGAUUUUAACAGUGGGGUUUUAAUGGUGUUAAAAACUGCGCUUUAUAUCUUGGAAACGCAAAAUGUAUUUUUGACAUUUACCGAAAUGGAAAGCCGAGGCGCUUAGCUCAAGACGCCAACGUCAGGAUCACAGAGCUCAAGCUCUCCACAGCAUCCCCUUCCCCCACUUAGCUAUGGCAGCCUCAAAACACUUUCUGUACACUUAUAAACGCAUUUUCUUCAUUUUAGCGUGAACAUACGACCAUUAUUUUCACACAAACAGCCUAUGAUAGGGGCAGAAGCUUUAAAUGUCUUGCAUUUAUUAUCUGCAAAAUUAGAUGCUGGUUGCGUGUUGGCUCCAUCCAACAGGCAGCUAGCUAGCCGCUGCUAAUUUACGUGCUCUGAUUUCACUGAAUAGUCAGUCCCCUUCGCGAUACAAAGGUUAUUUUGCAUAUCCGAGCCCUUGGUUCAUCGACGUUAUCUCGGGCUAUUUGAAUCGAAUCAUUUCGAUGUUUGUCACUGGUGACAGCGAUUUGUUGGUCCCUCUCCAUCGUCGGUUGAUUCGAUAGUCAUUAGAUAGAUUAAAUCUGCAGCUUGCUAGGUGCUAACAACACUUUUGAAGGCUGGCUUUCUUUACUCAAUGUUAUUUGGGGAGAAGUUAAAGUUUUUUUUUUGAAUGGCCAAACUAACUAGUAGUGGUCUAGCUAGUCUAUUUGCAUGACCAGUAAAAUAAUUACCUUUAUCUGCCUAUUUGCCUGUUGAAAGAUAUAAGUUACAUUUGUCUAUGAUUGAACUUUGAAGCUCAAUUUGUCAUGUAAUGACAGUCACAAAGGAGUUACAUUGUUGCUGUUAUGUAGCCAUUACGUUGUUAAAUUUUUACAUUUACAUUUUACAUUGUUACUGAGCAAAUAAAUGUACACACAGCGAAACUUUUUUGUUAAAUGUUUACUCUAUUAUGCGGAAGUACUAGGCUACAAUGCUGAGGUGCAGUUAUAUCGCUGGCGCUCUUAUUAAUAUAAUCAAUUCUGGGCAGUGAUACAAGUUUGGUAGUGAUAUAGAAGCAAAACAUUUAGAGGAAGGCAAAUAAUGGUUUAUAUACGCUUUGCUGAAUUGCUGCUUGUCAUCAAAUAUGUGUAGGCUAUGGAAUGUGGCCUUCGCCUUGUGUGUUGAAAAAAUAAUACUCUAAAAAUAGGCCUAAAUCUUACGUUUCCUAAUGUGCAUACACUCCAGUUCUAUUUGCUCUGUUUAGCCUAGGCCUAAUGUAUUUCGUGUACACUAAUGGAUUAUUGAAACCAACUGUUCUACUGCCAAAAACAUUUAAUAAGAAAUUGAUUUUAGAUUUACUGAUUUACUGUCAUUUCCCAUAUUAACCACAACAGCAGGUCUCUCUCUCUCUCUCUCUCUCUCUCUCUCUCUCUCUCUCUCUCUCUCUCUCUCUCUCUCUCUCUCAUUGGAAAUGUAAAUUAAGUAUAAUAAAUAAAGAACUAGGAUGUUAACAGCACCGUGGCUGCAUAUAGAGUUGCCAUGUGAAGAGAAGCAUGGAACAGAAUGAACUGAUUAUUAUUACCUUUCUCCCGAAGAGUAUGUUCAUUAACUACUUCCCACAAAUCUAAAAACAUUGCAUUUUAUUUUUUAUUUUUUAGCAAAGACCAUUUUUUUGCUCAUUAAAGCCAAAUUACAGAAUGCAUUAAUCUCCUCCUAUCCCAGUAACAAACCUAUUUGUCAGGUUAUUCGAUAGGCUGUAAUCCAUGUUUGUUGUGUUAUGUUGUGAGAACCAGUGAUAUUAUGACCUCUUUGGGUGGAUUGAGGAAGUAUGCUGAAAGAUUAGGCUACACAGGGAAUGCUGGUACUAGGCAUGGUGGUGCUCCUCCUAAGUAAUGAUAGGGGAAACCCUGGCAGUCCUCUCCAGCCCUAGCCUCCUGUAGCCAGACGCUGUGUUACUUGCUGUCCUCUCAGCCCUAGCCUCCUGUAGCCAGACGCUGUGUUCCUGGCAGUCCUCUCAGCCCUAGCCUCCUGUAGCCAGACGCUGUGUUGCUGGCAGUCCUCUCAGCCCUGUGUAGCCAGACACUGUGUUCCUGGCAGUCCUCUCAGCCCUAGCCUCCUGUAGCCAGACACUGUGUUGCUGGCAGUCCUCUCAGCCCUAGCCUCCUGUAGCCAGACGCUGUGUUACUUGCUGUCCUCUCAGCCCUAGCCUCCUGUAGCCAGACGCUGUGUUCCUGGCAGUCCUCUCAGCCCUAGCCUCCUGUAGCCAGACGCUGUGACCCUGGCAGUCCUCUCAGCCCUAGCCUCCUGUAGCCAGACACUGUGUUCCUGGCUGUCCACUCCAGCCCUGUGUAGCCAGACACUGUGUUCUCACCUAGAACCACAGUACGCCAUACUACUCCAGCCCCUGUCUGGCUGCACACCUCCUGAUCACUAGUUAUUAUGUGUGUAUGAGUGUUGUGUUGUUUAUAUAGGUCUAGGCUAAGUGUUGUGUGGUGUUUAUAUAGGUCUAGGCUAAGUGCUGUGUUGUUUAUAUAGGUCUAGGCUAAGUAUUGUGUUGUUUAUAUAGGUCUAGGCUAAGUGUUGUGGUGUUUAUAUAGGUCUAGGCUAAGUGUUGUGUGGUGUUUAUAUAGGUCUAGGCUACUUCAUGAAUUAAUUAAUUAUUUGGUUCUUUACUGGGGUCUGCAUUGCAGCUGGGGGUUUUCCAAGACAGAGGGAAGGAGAGGGUAGUGGAAGAGCGGGAGAGGAGGAAGAGGAGAGGAGAGGGGGAACGCUAGCUUGUAUGAAAUAUUAACAGAACUGCUGGGAGCACUGGGGCAGAGGAGGGGGUUUGUUUAAACUGCAUUGUUGGUUAAGGGCUUGUAAGUAAGCAUUUCACUGUAAGGUCUACACCUGUUGUAUUCGGCGCAUGUGGCAAAUAAGAUUUGAUUUGGCCUAUCCAUAACAUCUGGCUGAAGGAGUGAGUGAGUAGACCAGAGAGAAGGAAGGGAGGGAGGGAGGGUGAGUUAGUAGGCCUGGGAGAAGGAAAGGCACAGAGAGAGAAAUUGUGAUUUGGCACGCAAUGUGUUUCAGCUCACCACCCAGCACGACACAGAGCUCCAUAUUCAGUAUUUCUGUGUCCCAAAACAGACUGUGUUUAGGCUACAUUGAAAACAACUGAAAAGCCACCAUGGCAUGCUCUUUUGGCGGUUCAGGUACCACAUUUGGCAAUGUCCACGCUUUCAGAGUAAUAUUAAUGCUGCUGUCAUACAGUCACAAUGUCUAAUGCCAUGUUCUCAUGUGGUACCUUUCUCUGUCGUCUGUUCCAGAGAUGGGCAGUGAGUUGCCGGGGCCAGUUACUAUGCCGGGGGCGGUGGUGGGGGCAGGCCAAGUGAGGAUGGGCGGAGCCAUGCCUGGCCGCGGGGGCAAGAGGAGAUCCGGAGGGUGAGUACUAUUUUAUAUCUGCAUUUUACCCACAAGUCUAUUCCACUGGUGUUCCAGUAGUAUUACACCUGUAUACCAACAGUAUUCCAUGUUUCUCCCAAGACCAAAUAUCAAUAGAAUUGAAUUAAAUUGCUUAAUUAUUCCAAUGAGCGGAACUUCAGGCACAGAUAACAAAACACAGAGCAAGCACACAGGCCAAUAUUCCAAUGUUGAAUUUCAAACAAGUUUUAUUAGCAGGACAGGGUAACACAAUGUCAGAGAUAUACAAUGUAUGAUAGUUUGACAUAGUGACACCGAAAAAGGAAACAUUAAUCUCAUAUAGCUGCAUGUAUGAUUAAAAAAACACUCUCAGGUCGAAGACAGAGGGAAAAGAAGAUUACGGGAGUAUUCCACGGUACGUUAUCCACCGGGGCAAAAUCAGGACGUAUUUACCCCAUGCCCUGGCAUUUUGCCUAUACAACAACAUAUCCAUUAUACAUCUAGCCUACACAAACAUGAACAAAUUAAAGCAAAAGCCAUCCAGGCAAUAUGGCAACUCGACAUGACACAGGGAACACAACAGGGACCUGUCCAGGGCAUCUCUUAUUUACUCCUUACAUUAAUGUUUGUGGAUAAAAACUAAAAACUGGAGACGCAACAUGUCAUUUCCAGUAGGAGCCUGACUAAGACAGUCAACAACAUAUACUAACACAGAGGAAUGAUCCUCAAUGUUCACUGAGAUAGGCUUAUGCUCAGUGGAAGCAUGCUGUAUGCAUACUGUAUUACAUCAGGCAUAACCAUGCAUAUUGUAUUACCUCUACUAUCAGACAUAACCCUGCAUACUGCAUUACAUCUACUAUCAGACAUAACCCUGCAUACUGCGUUACCUCUACUAUCAGACAUAACCAUGCAUACUGCAUUACCUCUACUAUCAGACAUAACCAUGCAUACUGCAUUACAUCUACUAUCAGACAUAACCCUGCAUACUGCAUUACCUCCCCUAUCAGACAUAACCCUGCAUACUGCAUUACCUCCCCUAUCAGACAUAACCAUGCAUACUGCAUUACCUCCCCUAUCAGUCAUAACCAUGCAUACAUACUGCAUUACCGCCCCUAUCAGACAUAACCAUGCAUACAUACUGCAUUACCUCCCCUAUCAGACAUAACCAUGCAUACUGCAUUACCUCCCCUAUCAGACAUAACCAUACAUACUGCAUUACCUCCCCUAUCAGACAUGUUAGUCUGUGUAGGCUCUUUCUGUGUCCUCACGUCCUCUCUUCUCACCUCCCUCUAACUGGAGGAGAAGAUCCGAGGUCCCUCCCCUGAGACCUUCUCUCCUCCAAUGCGUUUUGAGAAGGAGGCAAGGAGUGAGGACGCGGGGAAUCGAGGAAAGACAGUUGAGAAAGAGCCGUUGAAUGUGGCAAGCCACACCACUGAGGGACUGCAUGUGACAGACGGGUAGAACGACAGGCAGGCAGACAGACAGAGACAGUGAUACUUAGGAAUACAGAGACAGACAGAAAUACUCAUCAGCACUUCUACUAUUAUCAGAAGAAUGAGUGGGAGAAAGAAGAUUAUUAUCACAGACUAUGGCAUUAAGGUGACGGCUGUAAUUACUGAGCACUCCACUCAUAAUGCCACUCCUCAGUGACUCUGUGUGUUCCUUUAUACCUCUGUUCUAACAAUAACUGGCCCUCUAUUUAACUCUACCUUGGUCCGUGAUCAGGUGGGAACUCGACCGGAGGCUGAAUUCAGUCAAACCUAAGAAUCAUUCACAAUCUCAGUCAUAUAUGCUCUAUCUAAUCAGUCAUCAGAUUACAUGAAAUGUACUGUUGUACAUUGCUUUGACACACGUGUGCGCACACACACAAGCACUCACGCGCACACACACACACACACACACACACACACACACACAGAACAAAGCGUGUCUGUUAUCAACAGAUCGCUGUAUCAAGACAUCACAGGUCAAUGCAGUAGUCAGUUAGAUACAGAGAGGCGUGAGGUGAGAUUGAAAAACGCCACACUGGACGAGUCAUCACUAUUGGCAUGGCAACCUUUCAGCUACAGAGGCGGCCUCAGCGGUUUGCACUUCCCACGCUAGUACCUUUUUAAUAAUAACAAUACAUUUUAUUUCUAUAGUGCUGUUCAUUUAAAAGGCAAACAACACAAAGUGCUUUACAUUACAAAGACAUAACACCUCUUGAACAGUUUGUCAUUCUGACAUGUUUGUCCAUUCAGUGUGUUGACUCACUUGACUAAAACAGUCGUGUUAAAGUUAUGAUUUCUUCUUAUGUUGUAUCGUUUCUUGACACACUUGCUUACUAUUACAUGUUGUGUUAACAGCAACUUUGUAAUGUACUGAAAUGCUACGUAAGAAAAUAAUGGUGAAAUGCUGCGUCAGAAAAUACAUAUGAAAUGUAGCCGUAUCUUAAGGUUUUUGAUACUCUUUAAUCAAAUGUGUCUCAGUGAAGUUGAGUUGUAGUGUUUUCAUCAUAACAUGUCAACCGCAGGGCCCAUGGACCCUAGUCCAAAAGUAGUGCGCUAUAGGGGAAAAGUGCUAAUUGGGACUUAGUCUUAGAGUCGAGGGAAAUCGAUUCAUUUAUUUAUCUGUUUGGCAGUGACGAUGCAUUUCACAAUUUAUGUGGUGCUGUUGCACCAGGGCCUUGUUCAGUAGGGGCAGGGGAGGAAAUAAGCGUUCUCAUUGUUCAGUAGGGGCAGGGGAGGAAAUAAGUGUUCUCAUUGUUCAGUAGGGGCAGGGGAGGAAAUAAGUGCUCUCAUUGUUCAGUAGGGGCAGGGGAGGAAAUAAGCGUUCUCAUUGUUCAGUAGGGGCAGGGGAGGAAAUAAGCGUUCUCAUAUUUCAGUAAGGGCAGGGGAGGAAAUAAGCGUUCUCAUUGUUCAGUAGGGGCAGGGGAGGAAAUAAGCGUUCUCAUUGUUCAGUAGGGGCAGGGGAGGAAAUAAGCGUUCUCAUUGUUUAGUAGGGGCAGGGGAGGAAAUAAGUGUUCUCAUUGUUCAGUAGGGGCAGGGGAGGAAAUAAGCGUUCUCAUUGUUCAGUAGGGGCAGGGGAGGAAAUAAGCGUUCUCAUUGUAGUAGCUCCUCUGUUUGAAAAUGUUUUCUCUUUUGUGUCCACUGAAUUAGAAAGUUAGAAAGAGUUGGCUGUCAAGCUAAUUUCCCUCAGCAGGAAAAUACAACCAUACAGCCAUAAAACAGUGUAGCAGCACACACACGUACAUACACAUACAUACAUACAUACACACACACACACACCCUAGACUAGAUGAGUAACUGUUGUGGUCUCUGAUUGCAGGAUGGACUUUGAUGACGAGGAUGGGGAAGGACCUAGUAAAUUUUCAAGGUAAGAACAGUGAAAGAUGGCCCACUGAUAUUUCCAUGUACUAAGAGUCAGUCUCAUUGUCGUAACAAAUAACUAUUUCUAUGAGAAGCAGUCAAGUUCUAGACUUGAAGUUGGUGUUAUGAUGAGUGAUUAUUAUACAGAAUUCCAUAUUUUGUACAAUCUCUCCUUGUUGUCAUCUUAGUGCUUAUGGACAUUCAAUCACAUUUACCAAACCCAUUGUUUCAUAUUUUCAAGCGUUUUUAUCAUUUUUGAUCAGUUUAACAACUUUUUUUGUUCCUCAAAAGCAGCUUCAGCUCUCGUUCCACCCACAGGCAUUCUCUCACGUUUUGUUUUUCUCCAACGUGUGGUUUUUCCUCUCUAUUCUGUGUUCUCUCAGAUUUAUCAAGAGUUCUCUGGCAGCAGUGGUCUCUUUUAGUGGAGUGGAGACAAUGCCCUCUGCUGGGGAGAGGAUAAACUACAACAGCAUGUUUUAUAUAAUGAGAAACGCACUACUUACUACCUCUACCACAUUACUAAGUCUCUCAUUUUAAAGCUGAUGAGAAGAGCCUACCAAGCAACCAGAGCAUAUUUACAAAAAAUACCACAUUGAUAAAUUGUGGGCUUUUGUUGCAGACAUCCAGCAUGUCACAGCUUAUUAUAAAUAGUGUUCUCACACACCUUCUGAAAGUCUCUUGUCACUUUAUUCCUUACCAGGCCAUGGAGAGUCCCAUGUUGACAUGUUACUCCAUACCUUACCAGGGCAUGGAGAGUCCCAUGUUGACUUGUUACUCCAUACCUUACCAGGCCAUGGAGAGUCCCAUGUUGACAUGUUACUUCAUUCCUUACCAGGCCAUGGAGAGUCCCAUGUUGACAUGUUACUUCAUUCCUUACCAGGCCAUGGAGAGUCCCAUGUUGACAUGUUACUUCAUUCCUUACCAGGCCAUGGAGAGUCCCAUUUUGACAUGUUACUCCAUACCUUACCAGGCCAUGGGAAGUCCCAUGUUGACUUGUUACUCCAUACCUUACCAGGCCAUGGGGAGUCAAAUUUUUCAAGUUUCAUUUUGACUGCACACAAAAUAUACAUAGUACUUGAUUGCCCUCUAGAUGUGACCAAAACGGACUAUGUUUCUAACAAUACUUAGCAGCUCUCCCCUGUCUAAUCCACUCUAGUAAGGGCACUCCCUAGACCUUCUUAGAGUCCAGAGAGUACCGAGCCCAUAUGGCUCUGGUCAAAAGUAGUGCACUACAAAGGGAAUAGUUAGCACUUUUACAGCCACUUAAUACAACGCAUGGACAUUUUCUGCCAGAACACCCAUUACCUGUCCUGUGCAUGUCGCUCUCAUCAAAAUAUCAACCUCUUUUUAAAGACCAUAAAUAGCAUGUGUAUCAUUCUAAUUCUACAUGUGUGUCAUCCCAUGUUCAGGCUACUGUGUUAGGGUGUGUUCAGGCUACUGUGUUAGGGUGUGUUCAGGCUACUGUGUUCAGGCUACUGUGUUAGGGUGUAUUCAGGCUACUGUGUUCAGGCUACUGUGUUAGGGUGUGUUCAGGCUACCAUGUUCAGGCUACUGUGUUAGGGUGUGUUCAGGCUACCAUGUUCAUGCUGUGUUCAUGCUACCAUGUUCAGGGUAUUGUGUUCAGUCUACCCUCUCAGGCUACUGUUCUCAGGCUACUGUUCUCAGGUUACUGUGUUCAGGCUACCUGUUUAGGCUACCGUGUUCAGGCUACUGUGUUAGGGUGUGUCAGGCUACCCUCGUUAUGCUACUGUGUUCAGGUGUUUGCGUCUCAGUGAGUGGUGUCCCAGGUGUUACAUGCUGUGUUUCUUCUCUGCUCCUCUCUCUAGGUAUGAUGAUGAUCAGAUACCUGGUGAUCAUAAGGAGAGAUAUGCCAGGUAGGCCUGGCCUGCUAGAGCUCCACAGGAUUUCACUGACUCACCCAACCUCCCAGGGCUUGACUAAAACACUUACCUAACGUUUACAGAGGCACCAGGUUACACCUGCUCUUUUCACCAGUGAAUAAAACACUACAUGCAUUUUUUAAAAACACUAACUGUUAGGAAUGGAUAAAAGGCCGUUGUUAAAUAUGAUGUUUUUAGAGUUGUCUUUCAUUCCUUAAUGCAUAUGUCAGGUGUAACUGUCAUUUCAAACAGGCAGCCAAGCACUGAGUGAAUUUGGCCCACAGAGCUAUGGAGACUUGGAUAGAAUACGGUCAAAAGGAAAGCCUAAAUGCCCAGAGACUUCAGAUGGCAAUUACCCAGCAGGCUCAAUCUGUCACAUUUACAGCAAUGUUGAUUAAUGUGCAAGUCAAAUUCAAGUAAAUCACACCAAUUAAAAAAUCUAUCAAAGCUCCCUAAUUUAUAUUAGUAACUCUGAGUACAAACAUAAUCUUCAUAAUUUACAAUUUAUUAAUCUGACAUUUUAUUCAUAAUUCAUAUUCCUAAAUUAUUUAUGGCAUCAGACCUCUGCUAUGGAAAUGAAGGUUGUUUCCCAAAUGGCACCCUAUUCAGUUAGUGCUGACUCAAAAAAGGCUCGUAUGGAAACCAUCUAUUUGGGACAUAGAAAUACAAUGCCUUCAGGAAGUAUUCACACCCCUUGACUUUUUCCACAUUUUGUUGUGUGUCAGCCUGAAUAAAAAAUUGGAUUCAAUUUAGAUGUUUUUGUCACUGGCCUACACACAAUACCUCAUAAUGUCUAAAUUUGUACAAAUUAAUAAAAAAUGAAAAGCUGAAAUGUCUUGAGUCAAUAAGUAUUCAACCCCUUUCUUAUGGCAAGCCUAAAUAAGUUCAGGAGUAAACAUUUGUCACAUAAGUUGUAUGGACUCACUCUGUCUGCAAUAAUAGUUUUUAAGAUUAUUUUGGAAUGACUACCUCUGUACCCCACACAUACAAUUUUCUGUAAGGUCGCUCAGUCAAGAAGUGAAUUUCAAACACAUAUUCAACCACAAAGACCACAGAGGUUUUCCAAUGCCUAGCAAAGAAGGGCACCUAUUGGUAGAUGGGUAAAAAAUUAAGUAGACAUUGAAUAUUCCUUUGGGCAUGUUGAAGUUAUUCAUUACACUUUAGAUGGUGUAUCAAUACACCCAGUCACUACAAAGAUACAGGUAUCCUUCCUAACUCAGUUGCCGGAGAGGAAGGAAACCGCUCAUGGAUUUCACCAUGAGGCCAAUGGUGACUUUAAAACAGAGUUUAAUGGCUGUGAUAGGAGAAAACUGAGGAUGGAUCAACAACAUUGUAGUUACUCCACAAUACUAACCUAAUUGACAGAAUGAAAAGAAGGAAGCUUGUACAGAAUACAAAUAUUCAAAAACAUGCAUCCUGUUUUCAACAAGGCACUUAAAUAAUACUGCAAAAAAAUGUGGCAAAGCAAUUCACUUUUUGUCCUGCAUACAAAGUGUUAAGUUUGGGGCAAAUCCAAUACAACACAUUACUGAGUACCACUUUCCAUAUUUUCAAGCAUAGUGGUGGCUGCAUCAUGUUAUGGGUAUGCUUGUAAUCUGAAUGAAUGGCGCUAAGCACAGGCAAAAUCCUAGAGGAAAACCUGGUUCAGUCGGCUUUCCACCAGACACUGGGGGAAGAUAUAUUAGUGUGUUAUUUUUCAUGAAUUAUUUUACAAAUGUUUCUUCCACUUUGACAUUACCAAGUAUUUUGUUUAGAUCUUUGGAAAAAAAUGACAAUUCAUUUUAAUCCCACUUUGUAACAACAAAAUGUGGAAAAAGUCAAGGGGUAUGAAUACUUUCUGAAGGCACUGUACGUUAUUCACACAUUACUUUCAUGAUCAAAGAAAUGAACAUAGAACUUGAGGACCCGUCUAUCCGUAGCUCAGAGAUUGUGUUCUGGUCUGCUGUGUUCAUUAAUCCCUGUAUGUUCUUUAGAUCCUCAGAAGACAAAACUCAAACCCUGAAAAGCAACAGAAUGACUUCUCUUCUCCUAACUUACCUUCAGUCUUCUCUAGUACAGAGCAUUAUGGUUCUUAUGUAUAGUAUGUAUACGUACUGUAUCUCCAAGAAUGGCUGACAAUGAGUUCAGUUUAAGUAAAAGUGUGUAUCCAGCCAUAGGUAGGUGUUGAACAACCAAGUUUGAAGUCGGUUCACUAGAAGUUUGCCUUAUUGCACCAAAACUAACACACUAAGCUUUUAACACCCAAAGCUCCAAUUCAAACCAAUGGAGGCAAAUUAUUUUGUUGGCAGCCCAUCCUGCCUAAGCACUGCUAGAGGAAACACUGGUAUAUGCUGAUGGUAGUCACUGGAUGGUCAUGUUAGAAAGGACAGCCCUCUGAUCUGCAGCUGUGUCCUAACCCCCCUGACCACCAGCGACUCCUCCCCCUUUGUGUCUAACUCCUCCUCUCUGUUCCAGAGAGAACCACAGCGAGAUAGAGCGGCGUCGCCGUAACAAGAUGACGCAGUACAUCACGGAGCUGUCGGACAUGGUGCCCACAUGCAGCGCUCUGGCCCGCAAGCCAGACAAGCUGACUAUCCUCCGCAUGGCCGUGUCCCACAUGAAGUCCAUGAGAGGGACCGGGAACACGUCCACUGACGGGGCGUACAAGCCCUCGUUCCUGACCGAACAGGUAUUAUAGGUGGGGGUGACGAAGGCCGCGUUCCAGGCUGACUACAUUGCAGACGACUACCAGAUCUCACAGGGUGUUUAAGCUAACCGCAUCGUAUGAAAUAGCAAUCUGAUGCCCGACUGCGCUGUCUAUGACAUGGCACACGACCAUUGGUUGAUGCCAUGCAAUGACUGCAAUGUAGUCGGCCUGGAACACGACCAAUGUGUGUGUGUGUGUUUUGUGGGUGGGUUGGUCAUGGGGGCUGAUGUGCGCGCACGUGUGUGUGUGCGUUUUGCGUGUGUGUGUGUGUGUGUGUGAGUAAUUUAGCAGGGUCUACAAACCCUCCUCCUCACCAAACAGGUAAUAAUAAAACAACUUUAUUUGUAUAGCACAUUUCAUACAUAGACCGCAACUCAAGGUGCUGUACAUAAUAAAAUAGUAAUAAUAGUCAUUAAAAAGUAAACAAUAAAAAGACAGUAACAUAGAAGGCAAUAAAAGCAGCAGAAAAUGAAUACAAACACAUAGGAAUUAGAAAUGAAAAAAUAAGGGGGAAUAAUGCCCGACUAGUACAAAGCCAAACUGAAAAGGUGAGUCUAUGAACUGGUUUUGUUCUGUUCUCUUUGACUCUACAUUUGGGUUCUGUACGUUGGGGUCUGCUCAUCUGUGCAGCUCUACGAGUGAUAUCAGCUGACACAAUUUCCUGUCAGCAUAUUGAUCUUAUCAAUUUGAAAAAAUUAAAUAAAGCUUUUGCAGGCUGUCUGUCAUGCCCCCUGCCUCUGCCCUUGGUGUGUGUGUCUGUUUGUCCCAGAUUUUCACCAAUGGUAUGUCAAUCAAUACUGUAUAUCCCUCAUCUUUACUGUGACGUGUGUUUCUGCUCUGCCGUCACACACGUGUGUGUUCUGUUUCUCUUUUCUCUUCUCGUCUAAUAGGAGUUGAAGCACCUGAUCCUGGAGGCGGCCGACGGCUUCCUGUUUGUGGUCGCCGCGGAGACGGGCCGCGUGAUCUACGUGUCUGACUCGGUGACGCCGGUGCUCAACCACCCGCAGUCGGAGUGGUUCGGCAGCACGCUGUAUGAGCAGGUGCAUCCUGACGACGUGGACAAGCUCCGGGAACAGCUCAGCACCUCAGAGAACUCCAUGACA